CCUAUACAGAAGACAAAAACAGACAGGAGAGAAAAGGAGAAGCCAUCUUUUUGUGUGUGUGUAAUUUCUCUGAAAAACCAGAGGAAAAACAAAACAGAGAAUCGGAAAAACCAAAGUUUAGGGAGAUUCUGCUGACAGGUGGACACUUAGACAUGACUUCUUCUCCUCCUCUGCUGCUCCUUCUGCUGCUGCUCCUCCACUUUGAACACGGAGUUGCAACUACAUUGGUCCAAGACAGACAGAUGAGAGAGUCAGCGGCGUCACUGUCAGUAGGAGCAACGUACCUGUGUCCGUCCCAGUGUCACUGUGAAGAGGAUGGGAUUUACCUGAUGGUGGACUGCUCCGAGCUUGGACUUUCAUCGGUGCCGUCCAACCUGAAUCCACUUACCACUUACCUGGAUUUAAGUAUGAACAACAUCAGCGAGAUCCCGCCCAGGGCCUUCCACCGCCUGCACCUGCUUUCUGAGCUACGCAUCUCAGGGAAUCAGCUGAGAUACAUCUCAGGCCAUGCCCUCCAGGGGCUGCACAACCUCAAAGUUCUAAUGCUGCAAAACAACCAGCUGGAAAGACUUCCUAACCAGGAGGAUGAUAAUAAUGAUGCUUCAUGGGAUUUACCCAACCUUCUUUCUUUGCGCCUUGAUGCCAACCUAUUGUCAGAAAUACCUGCAGGGACCUUCAGAGGUGUUCGCUCGCUCAGACACCUGUGGUUGGAUGACAACUCCCUUGCUGAUAUCCCAGUGAUGGCACUGGACUCCCUGCCCUCACUGCAGGCCAUGACACUGGCGCUGAACCAGAUCACACACAUCCCGGACUACGCGUUCACCAACCUGUCUGCCCUUGUCGUUCUUCAUCUCCAUAACAAUAAAAUCCAGAGUAUGGGAGCAAGAUGCUUUGAUGGUCUACAGAGUCUUGAGACACUGGAUUUAAACUACAACAAUCUGCAGGAGUUUCCUGUGGCCAUCAAGACACUGAGCAAACUCCAGGAACUUGGUUUCCACAACAACAAUAUCAAAGCCAUUCCCGAGCAGGCCUUUGUGGGAAAUCCUGAACUACAAACCAUUCACUUCUAUGAGAACCCAAUCCAGUCUGUAGGGAGAUCCGCCUUCCAGUUUUUACCCAACUUACACACACUUUCUCUCAACGGAGCAACUGAAAUUAAAGAGUUUCCGGAUCUGAAGGGAACAACCAGCCUAGAAAUUUUGACUCUGACCCGGGCGGGUCUCUCUAACCUCCCCAUGGAUCUGUGCGAGCAGCUGCCUAGUCUCAAAGUGCUGGAGCUGUCAUACAACCAGAUUGAGGAUUUGCCAAGCUUUUACCACUGUUCUUCUCUGCAGGAAAUUGGUCUACAGCACAACCAGAUCAGGAGGAUUGAGUCCAGUACCUUUCAGCAGCUGAACUCUCUCAGAUCACUUGACCUCAGCUGGAACAAGAUCGAGUGGAUUCACCCCGAUGCCUUUCUGUCUCUCCAUUCUCUUGCAAAACUUGACCUCAGUGACAACAGUCUCAGCUCAGUCCCUGUCUCAGGUCUAAGUGGGCUGACCCACCUGAAACUAAAAGGCAACAAGGAUUUAUACAAGAGCUUCAGCCCAGACCACUUUCCACGCAUGAGGGUGAUAGAGAUGCCGUAUGCCUACCAGUGCUGUGUUUACAACCCCUGUGAGAGCUACAAAACCAGCCAGUGGGACAUUGAGCAAAGCACCAAUGAUGAAGAGCUGCCAAGGAGAACUGUGGCCAUGUACCCUGCUCACGCAGACUCAAACUACGAUCCUGAUCUGGAGGAGUUCCAGCAGGAGAUAGAAGAAUCAAAGCUCCAGGCCAGUGUCCAGUGCACACCCGCACCAGGUAAAUCACAUUGCACUGUCAGAAAUAUACCAUAUUUUCCGGACUAUAAGUCGCUCCGGAGUAUGAGUCACACCAGCCAAGAAUGA